AAUCGAGCGCACAUAAGCUCCAUAAACCACCCGAGUCAGAGCACAUAACCGAGCGGAGAGAGAGAGAAGACAACAACGCAUUAUCGCCGAGUUACCGUCGAAGCGCAUAGACAGACCGCCAGUUCACGGGCCAAUAUGGGAAAAAUGGGUGGGAUGUUCCUGGUGUCCCUUCUUAUUGUGUUUCUCCUGAACACUGAAUCGACAUGGGCUAAAAGAGGAAGCAGUAGCAGCAGCAAAAAAACCUCUUCCAGCAGGGGUGGGACGCAAUCAAAGCCAUCUUCUCAGCCAGGAAACUACCCUCGACAGCCGCAGAGUCCCAAUCGUAACCCCAACCCAUAUCCUCCUGGUGGAAGUUAUCCAGGAGCAGGCAACACAAAUCCAGGAGGAAUUCCCAGACAAAAUCCACCGAGUUAUCCAGGAGCUGGAAGUAACCCAAACCAGUAUCCCGCUAGAGCCAAUCCUGGAGGUUAUCCAAACCAGAACCCUGCAGGUGGAUAUCCGGCCGCUGGGGGCUAUCCUAACCAAAACCCAGGACGAUAUCCCAACCAGAACCCUGCAGGUAGCUAUCCAGGUGCAGGUGGAUAUCCCAACCAAUAUCCAGGCAGAGCUGGCAACCCAGGAGGAUAUCCCAACCAGUAUCCAGCUGCAGGUGGUUACCCAGUCAGAGGGGGGAAUACAGGACAGGGUUGGGGUCAGCCUGGUGCAUAUCCAGGGGGUUAUCCCGGUGGAGGGGCUGGUGGUUCCCCCAACUGGAACCCAAAUAAUAAGAUCCACAGUCCCGGCUUUGGUGGUGGAAGCUAUGGACAUGGUGGAGGCUAUGGACACGGUGGAGGCUAUGGACACGGUGGAGGCUAUGGACAAGGGAUGGGAGGGUCUCCUUUCUCUCGUUCUGUGCAGAGUAUGGGUUACCAGCCCAAGUCUUCAGGUUUUGCCAAAAAAGCCAUGCUGGCAGCAGGCGUUGGUGCUGUGGCCGGGAUGGCCGUUGGAUAUGGACUUGGGCGCUUCCCUCGCCCACACUUUAAUUUCCGCAACCAAGAAGAGCAGCACUACAACAGCUACAUGUACCAACGUUACGGCACCAAGUCCACAGACGAGAAAGACUACGGACGUGAUUAUGUCUACAACCCUCCGCCACGGGCAGAGUCUUACGACAAGUUCAUGGAGCAGUGUUUGAACAGCACUGACCUUCUUAAAGAUCAGCAUAGAGAUGACGGUGACACCGUCAGCAUUGAGGAGAUUGGAUACCCGGCCCUAAUUGAGCAACUGAAGUCCCGACGCUGUGUUGAGAAGUACAUGGAAUACUCUGAGCGCUUUCUGCAGGAACGAAAAGCUGAGCAACAAUUACAGCCAAGUCGCAGCAGCCCUUUGACCUACGGCGUGAUGCAACUGUUCACCUCCCUCCUCAUGCUCAUGUCCAGCAUGCUCCUUCUCCAGUGAGAGCAAUUAGUCUUCCGUUUACUAAACCCCAAAUGGAUUUCCACUUGCUCCAUUAUAUCUGCAUGUCCACAUACUGCUAAUGUAUAUUAUCUGCAUAGCAAGCUCUCUGGGUCUCAUGUAGUCAUCUCUCUAUUAUCAACACAUGUUGGUAAAUAUAGUAACUAAAGGAGUCCAUUUUAAGAGGCAGCAGUCAUUUAACCAUGUUACAGUUAGAUCAUCAGCGUGUGUUGUACAAGCUGCACUAACCUUUUCCUGUAAACUCUUUCAAUGAUUUAUUUUUGCAUCUUUGUUACGUUGUUUCUCUUUAUUUGGCGCCCCACAUUAUGAAGCACUGAAUGUAUAGAUAACUUAUUCAGGGUUCUUUAGUUUUUGUGACAAUUUAUUGUGACAGUUCGACUGCUACUGUGUAAAAUAGGAAUGUGACAUUUAGGUUUGUAUUUAUCUACAAAAAAACAUUCAACUAACAUUAGUCACUUUUUAUCCGUGCAGGACAAUUCAACAGACAGAUUUUUAAAUUGGUUAAUUAUGCUUAAUAAAGAUUGUAUUUGGCAAUGGGACCAAAUAUAUAGAGCUGGGUUUAUUUCUCUGAGGACCACUCACCAAAACAAGAACAUUUGUUAUAAAUGAGAAUGCUUCGGUCCUUAAUGUGAUCUACCAGUUAUCGUGUUGAUCAUCAUCAACAUGUUAACACAUGGUUUACUAUCCUGCAAUAAACUCACUAUUUGUUGCCUGUGAAAUCCAGGAUUGCAUGUAAUAGUUAGUAAAGGCGUCACUGACCUUUGAUGUGCUACCAUGCCCGCAGCAGUUGAGAACAAGAAGUGCAUUUGUUGAAAAUAGCGCCUGCCGCUUUAAAUCUGUGUAGUCCGACAUGUAGUUUGGUGAAAGCUGCGGUUGGAUUGAGGUCCUUGAUGGAGGUUUGGAACAGAUGAGGUCCAAGACUUUGACCCUAAAUUGUGGCAUCGCAAAACUAAUUGUAAGCUUUUAAUUGUACCUUUACUCAUCGCUCACAGUAUGUUCAUGUCGUAUCUACUGUCGAGACUAACACUUGAACUGGAAGCGCCGGUUUAAAUCUGCCUGGUUUGUGCAUGAAUACUGCUGGAGUGGUUUGGAGAUUUUUAUUAUUUGUUCUUUCCAGAAUUUCCAAGCUUUUGUGGGUCAUUUCCGCAUCGUUCUCUCAUCACCUGAUUCUUCUCUUGACACAGUCACAUGGUCACAGGUCAGGUGUUGGCGAGUCUGUAAGUACUUAUGUCUGCUCUGUAGUGGUCUGCAUCUCUCCAGGAAUGAAAAGGUUGCCCUCCUUUUCAUCCGAAUGGGUUUGUUUAUUGUGAUGUCAUCUGUACAUGUUUAUGUUAUCUGUCAUUUUUCCUUCCUGUUUGUGAUUAUUUUACUGUUCCAGGUUGUUUUCUUUUAUCUGACUUAUUCAGUCCGCUUGACACUGGUGUACUCAAUCUGUUGUUGAUAAAUUGAUAGUUAUUUAGCCUGUUAUAUAACAAAGAAAGUCAAGGGAAAACUGUCCAAUUGUUGACAGUAUAUCUGGAAGUGAUAAUUUGCACUGUUUUAUAGAGAUUUAUUUGUCUUUCUCCACAUUUCACUUUUAUUCUAUGAAUCUUCGUGGUCAUUUGUUUUCAAAUUCUUUUGAAAUGUCUUUCCUGUUGUUGAUCCUCGCUAAAGGCUCCCUGUCAAUUUGUAAUGACAAUUUGACAUUUUCAUACUAUCUAGGCUGUAGAAUAUCUGUGAAGUGCACUUAUCUCCCUUUGGGUGUAGAUAUUCUGUAACUGGGUCAUUGAGCUCAUUUCGGGAGUAUAGGCACCUGUGUGAAUCGUGUAGUUGUAAACGCUCUGGGUUACUAACAUGGUUUGUCAGGAUGUGUUCAAUAAAAUACAUAACACAA